UAUUCGUAUGGAUAUCGACAAUCCACAAUUUGGUAUUGCUGUACCACAUCUUGAUAUCCUCCUCUGAGAAGCCGGGCAAGCUAAAGACAUGUUCAAUCGUUUUCCCUUUGGAGCCACAGGGUGACAGUGAAGCCUUUGCCGCCCACACACCAUAGAGUCGCAGAGUGUGCGCUUGGGGCGGAAGUGAUGUCACUGUUUGAGGCCACACGUGGGUGCAAGCGUGUCUGAGCUGUACGGGGAGACAUGGGGAAGGCAGGGAAAUUGCGCUCCGGUUCUGCCGGGAAAAGCAAGCGCUGGAAGAAGGGACACAGCAGCGACUCUAACCCCGAGCUGCGGCGCCACCGAGAAGCUGCCAGGAGCCGAUUCUUCAGCCGGCCCUCAGGUAAAAGUGACCUCACGGUAGAUGCUCUUAAGCUCCACAAUGACCUUCAAUCAGACACCUUGUCUGUGCAGAAAAAAUUGGAGAAUUCCGAAGGGCUUAUGGAAGAUGAGGAUGAAAUGGCAAUAACUGAGAAAUCUGGAGUUUCUUUCCUGAGCGGCCUGUCCGACUGCACUAAUCUUACAUUUGGAAAAGUGCAGAGGUAUUGGGAGUCCAACUCGGCUUCACAUAAGGAGAUCUGUGCUGUGCUGGCUGCUGUUACUGAAGUUAUUCGCUCUCAGGGAGGAAAAGAGUCAGAGACUGAAUACUUUGCUGCUCUGAUGACUACUCUUGAAGCUGUAGAGUCCCCUGAGUCAUUGGCUGCAGUUACAUAUCUGCUUAACCUGGUUCUCAAGAGGGUUCCUGGACCUGUUCUUAUCAAGAAGUUUUCUGAUACAUCCAAGGCCCUUAUGGAUAUCAUGGCUUCUCAAGCAAGCAGCGGCAGCACCUCUGCUAUGAGAUGGAUUGUCUCUUGUCUGGCUGUGCUGCUCCGCAAGCAGGAUCUUCUCACAUGGAGCUACCCCUCAACCCUCCAAGUGUACCAUGGGCUACUCAGUUUCACUGUUCAUGCAAAACCUAAAAUCCGCAAGGCGGCCCAGCUAGGGGUGUGUUCCAUCCUAAAGGGCAGUGAGUUCAUGUUCAGUGAAUCGGCACCUAAACACCACCCAGCUGUUCAAACCACAGCUAAAUUCUGUAUCCAGGAAAUAGAGAAGUCUGGAGGUAGUAAAGAAGCCACUACAACCUUGCAUAUGCUGACAUUACUAAAGGAACUGCUGCCCUGCUUCCCUGUCAGUAUGGUGAAAUCUUGCUGUGAGACCCUGCUAAAGGUCAUGACUCUAAGCAACGUGCUUAUCACCGCGUGUGCAAUGCAGGCCUUCCAUGGUCUCUUCCAUUCAUGCCCCGGAACCUCUGCUCUGACUGCAGAGCUCAAUGCCCAAAUCAUUACAGCCCUAUAUGACUACUUGCCCAAUGAGAAUGACCUACAACCAGUUUUGGCAUGGUUAGCAGUCAUGGAGAAGGCCCACACCAAUUUGGCCAGGUUGCAGAGUGAGCUGUGCCUGGGCCAUCUUCCUCGUCUCUUCUUAACAACCAUGAACUGCUUAUUAUCUCCUCACUUGCAGGUUGUUGGUGCAGCUGCCCGGACCUUGAAGACUCUCCUUACUGAAUGCAUUGCUCCAAAUGCUGCUGACAUUGGGUCUGUGCCAUUGGCUCCAACUUCUGGGCCAGCUGGGCUCAUCUGUAAAAUGUUCAGGUGCGUGGAAGAGGGAUUAUCAUAUAAAUUUCACUCAUCUUGGCCAUACGUCCUUCAAGUCUUACAAACCUUUUUUGAAGCAGCGGGAAAAAAUUGCCAUCCGUUCAUGAGAAAGUGUUUGCAGACUCUUGCUGACUUGAGAACCUCAGCGCAUUUUUCCUACACUGGAGAGUUGGAUCAUGCUGUGGGCGCUGCUGUGGAAAGUAUGGGUCCUGAGGUUGUCCUGAAAGCCAUUCCUCUGCAGAUUGAUGGCACAGAGGAAUCUUGCGACUUCCCUCGAAGCUGGCUGGUCCCGGUGAUACGAGACAAUGUGAAGAACACAGAGCUAGGUUUCUUUACCAAGUACUUUCUGCCGCUGGCUGCCAAGUUAAAGAAUCGGGCUGCUGAUCUAUCUCAAGAUGGACGAAAUCUUGAAGCAAAAAUUUAUGAUACCCUCCAGUGGCAAAUCUGGACAAUGUUACCUGGAUUUUGCACCAAACCCACAGAUGUUGUAGAUUCCUUCAAGGGAAUUGCACGCACCCUGGGAAUGGCAAUCAAUGAUCGUCCAGACCUGAGACUUACAGUCUGCCAAGCUCUGCGAUCACUUAUCAACAAGGGUUGUGAAUCAGAGGCUGACAAGGCUGAAGUUAGCCGCUUUGCCAAGAACUUCCUCCCAAUUCUGUUUAAUGUGUACAGUCAACCGCCAGCUCCAGGAGAGGGGCCCUCUCAGAAACUGCCAGUGUUGGACACAGUUAAAGCAUAUCUCACAAUCACAGACCAGCAGAUGGUUAGUGGGUUUUUGGAUAAAGCAACUGUCAAACUGACAGAAGCGGAGAGUGCAGAGCCCACAAGAUUAUAUAUGCUGGACCUGAUCAUUGCCAUGGCACCGUAUGCAGAUGAACCCUCCAUGACUAAGAUCUAUCACACUAUUUUGCCAUAUUUGGAGGAUAAAAAUCACAGUUUGCAGAAGAAAGCCUAUAGAGUUUUGGAGGAAAUAUGUGGAGGGGAACAGCCACCAUGCAAAGAAUUUGUAAACAACAAUCUGGAAGAAUUAAAGAAAACACUCCUGACUUCCCUGAAAAGCGCUUCAUCCCCUGCUAAACGGCCUCGUUUGAAAUGUCUGAUCCAUAUUGUGAAACAACUGGCAGCGGAUCACGAAGAAUUUAUAACUUCCCUUAUUCCUGAGGUGAUGAUUUGUACAAGAGAAGUUUCCGUAGGAGCACGCAAGAAUGCAUACACGUUACUGGCAGAGAUAGGAUACGCUUUCCUGCGCUUCAACCAUGAUCAGAAAGAGGCUAUGGAGCAGUACCUUGCUGUUGUCUAUGCAGGACUGACUGGUUCUGUCACCAUGAUAAGCUGCGCAGUGCUAACACUAACAAGGCUCUUGUUUGAAUUUAAAGAUCAAAUGGGCCUGCAGGUGAUUGAACAUUUGCUGGAGAAUGUCUGCCUCCUCUUAGGAUCCAGAACACGGGAAGUGGUUAAAGCCGCGUUGGGCUUCAUCAAAGUUAUAAUCUUCAUUAUGGACAUAAAAGUUCUGUCCAAGCAGCUGCAAAUGAUGAUGGAAGCUAUAGGAAAUAUCAACAGUGACAUGAGGCGCUUCUUCCGCGUGAAGCUUAAAAACAUCUUCACCAAGUUCAUACGAAAGUUUGGGUUUGAGUUGGUAAAGUCCAUGUUGCCUGAAGCUUACCAUAAAGUCCUAGUAAACAUCCGUAAGGCUGAAGCCAGAAAUAAGAAACAGAAAGCAUUGAAACAGGCUGCAGCAGUGGGAGAGGAGGACGAUCAAGAAACCAAAAAACUGGAGGGAAAUAGUAUGGAAGACAUUUUGGCUGAUUCUGAUGAAGAAGUAGAGGAAGAUGAAGAGAAACCAACCAAACAACAAAAGAAACUGGCCCGGCAGAAGAGCCAGGCUUGGCUUAAAGAAGGGGAGGAAGAUGACCCUCUAAAUUUCCUUGAUCCCAAAGCUGCACAGCGUGUACUGGCUACCAGGCCCGACGGGAAGAGCACCAAGCUAAAGCACGACUUUAAGACCUCGUCGGAUGGGCGCCUCAUUAUCCAAGAUGAUGAAGUAGAAGAAGAUAAGUCUAAAGCCGUUGAUGAAGAAAUGGCAGAUCUCAUGCAGGAAGUGGGAAUUCGAAGUAAAAAAGCUCAAAAGAAGAGAUUUCGUGAAGAUAAUGAUGAUGAUGAUGAUGCCACAGAUAAAAAACCACAGUAUAAAUCUGGCGGCUCUGGAAUACACAGACCAAUCUCCAAAAAGCCAGAAAGUGGAGCAAACUACAAAUCUAAGAAAGGAAAAGGCGACGUGAAACAGAAAGGCAAGCAUGAUCCGUUUGCAUAUAUACCUCUAAACAAAGCCACCCUUAACCGAAGGAAAAAAGCAAAGAUGCAAGGCCAGUUUAAAGGCCUGGUGAGAGCGGCACAAAGAGGGGCACAGAGUGGACUGAAAAAGAGAAAAGACAGGAGGCUUUAAGGUUUCAUCCUCAAAGUGCAAGAAUGUGUUUGAUGCAGGGUGUGUAAUGGGGAGCCAGCAACCUCUCUUGAGCCGCUCACCCCCUAGGAAGAGGUGCAUUGCUCUGCCAUUUACUCUGGGAAACUGCCUUUAUAAGGAUUACCUGGAAAACUAGGAGUCAUUAAUUUCCCACUUAAUCAUUGUGAUAUAUAAGCUGCCAUGGAUUCUCUAUACAAAAUACAACCCAAUAAAAUGCAUCUUGGUUAUUUUUCGAGUGAUGCAAGUGAAAUUGUUUUUCCCCUACCUCGGGAAAUGUCAUAUUUCCACUCGGCAUUAAAAUUCUUGAUGCUACGGUGAGAUCUGCACAUUAAGAUAAAAGUCAUUUUAUGCCUUCCAACAUAGCUUUUGCUAUGAUUUGAGUCAUGGAUCCUGAUUUAAAUGCAAGAUGAGUGGGAUGUUACAUGAAAACUGCUUUUCAGGAUGACUGUUCCCAUUGAGAUAUCUGUUAUCAAUCUCAUUUCCAACAGCACGGGGGCAUGCAGGUCACACAAAGAACAAUGGACAACACUUAAUGGAUGAUAUGGCGCUCCUCUCUUUACCUAACAGGUCAAACCAUACAAGGCUGUGUGUGGGUUUUGCCAGGAAAGAUUGAAUAUUCACCCGCCUGAAUGUCUUGCCAGCCCUGAAAAGGUUAAUUAUCGGUCUUAAUGUGGUCGGAAUGGUAACAGCCCCCUUAUACUCGCUCAGCUGAUGCUCUUCUGAAGUGAACAACUUAACCUUUGUCAUUGUAAGACAUUUAGAAAUCCUCAAGCGUGCUCCCUGAAGAGGAUGUUCUGUAUUCUGCAAUAAUGUCCGACCAUAAAGCCUCCUAAUGCUGCAUUAGGUGAUCAUAAGAUUUGGAAAUCACUCCCAGCAUAAAGCGGCUCCUUAUUUCGUAAUAUGACAAACAUCAUUGCUUGCUUGUCAGUGCUGCUGCAUUUACAAUCAUUUAAAACCCCCAAAUUAUAAUCUUGUCAUUGAAAUUUUGUUCUGAAUUUUUUUUUUUUGUUUUGAAUUGAAGGCACAGCUUUGUAGGUACAACUUUCUUACUUAAAGGGUCAGUUACAGUAAUGCAGGGAUCCCCAACCUUUUUUACCUUUGAGCAACAUUUAAAUGUAUAAAAUUGUGGGGAGCAACGCAUGCAUGAAAACAUUUGCUACGGGAUGACCAAUAAGACGGUGAUUGGUUCUUUGAUAGCCCAAUGAUGACUGGCAGACUACAGGAGGCUCCGCUUGACUGUACACAUGGUCUUUAUGCCUCCAAAUCUUUUCUUCAAGUCAGAAAUUCAAAAAUGAAAACCUGCUUUGAGGACAUUGGGAGCAACAUCAGGGGGUGGUUGGGGAUCACUGCAGUAAGGUAAACCUAUUCAUUGCUAUUGACAUGGAAGUUACAUGCAAAAUGGUGGAAUAAAUGUCCCUCUCUACCUUUUA